ACACUGCGUAGCGCGCAUUUGCCGCCAUCUUGUGUAUUGUGUAUGCACACAGUUAUAUGUAAUAUGUUGUCAAUUAUAUUAUCUUAUCAAUGAUAUUGUUGUAAUUAAGAAGUUUCAUGAUUGAAAUACAGUGUUAAUUGCCAAGUUGUAUGUGCGAUUGAAAGGUGUUGCAUUUGUUGACUCACUCGAGUAAAGUACCGGAGAAUUAAACCUAACUUUGACUCUUGUCAAAAUUCUUCCCUUUUAUCAGGGGCAUAACAUUUGGGGGCUCGUCCGGGGCGAAUGUGACGAGGGCCAGCUGUUCCAGAUAGAUGUCCCCGAUCAUCAUUCAACCCAUCUUCACUACAACUAGGGUGGACGACGACGUGUGGUGGUUCAAUAGCUACGGAGAGGGACUUGUAUACAAUCUGAGGUAAAAGCCGUUCGUCUCUCAUCUCACAUGUUAGAAUGCACUUAGAGAGAGAAGAACUAAGUGAACUUGAGGAUCAGGGUAUGGCAGAGCUACUUGUUCUAAAAGAUAAAAUAGUUGAGUUACAACAGGCUGCUUUAUUAAGAGAAGAUAACAGAGGAAAAGAGCAGAUUUCAGGUGACAAACAGACAGAUGUGGUGUAAGAACAUGUCAUACAGCCGUCAGAAAGAGAACGUUUGCUUAAAGAGAUAGAGAAACUGCAGUCAGCCUUAGCGUUUUCACUACAGGCAAAACCAGACCAGACCGGUGGGGCCCAAAGGUUAGUGAGUGGGGAAGGUAAUACUAUCAAACAAGACAAUGUGACUGUCCAACAGACCCCCCAACCACGUGUCUCAUUACAGUGGAGCAGAUAAUUCAAAAAUAUCAGGCCAGAUUGGUGAGCCAGGUCAAAAAGACAAACUUACAUUAUCUAGUCUAGCACAUCAAAUUGAGCAAGGCAUGAGCAAGGGAUUUCCUGAAAUAGAAAUAGUGGAUGCAGUGAUAAGGGCAAUAGCACCAGGCCUACAACUACGCAGCUAUUUGGAGGGAAAAAUCAACCUGACUUUAACUACCUUGAGGAGGAUACUCAGGUCCCAUUACCAAGAAAAAGGUGCAACAGAACUGUACAAACAACUGACCUCAGAGGUCCAAAGUAACAAGGAGACUCCACAAAACUUCCUGAUCCGUGCUCUGGAUUUAAGACAGAAAAUUCUGUUUGCUUCACAGGAGGCAGAAUCCGGUCUAAGAUAUGAUCCUGUCCUCGUACAGAGUAUGUUUCUCCACACUGUUCUCACAGGCCUGCAAAAUGACAACAUUAGAAGUGAUCUUCAGCCAUAUUUGCAACAGACAACAUCAAGUGAUGAGCUGCUCCUCGAAAAAGUUAACAUUGCUUGUGCCAACGAAGCAGAGAGACAAAAUAAAAAUAAACUACUUACCCAGCAGCGGCCAACCGCAGUGCACUCAGCUCAAUCCAGCGAGACAACUGCAGAGAAAAAGGAAAAAAAUACUAAUCAAGACCAAAACAGCAGAUUUCAGCCUGAUGUUCUGAGUGAACUGAAAGAAAUGCGGUCUGAUAUGGCAUUACUGAAAAACAUAGGCGUAGAAGUUGCACAAAUCAGAGAGUCAAUGCGACAGCCUAACCAAGCACAGCCACAGUAUUUCACCUCACCUAUACCACAAGAAUGCAUCCCCCCUCCUCAGUUCCAGUAUCCACAGCAAAACCGCUGGCCACCCCCAGGACCAGGGCAGAGAGGAGAGACAGCUCAAUACCAAAGAGGGUUCGCACCACAACACAACUUCUCCGGGCCAAGUCGUGCACGCUUAAGAAAAUGUUUUGGCUGCAAGCAAAAUGGAAGUGAGUAUUGCACCCAUUGCUACAGGUGUGGUAGUAGUGAACAUUUUCUCGCAGGUUGCAGGCUGAGAGGAAACGGACCAGACAGAGAGGUCCCUUUAAACGAAACAGGGUUACCCCCACGGGACAGGGAGUAACCAACAACAGUGUAAUGUCCCAACAGCAUUGCUCAUACUGUGGUGUCCCUGAAAACGAACAGAAAUUCAGAAAAUGUGCAUCGUGUAAAGAAGACAAUUACUGCUCUAAAACCUGUCAAACUGAACAUUGGCCAAAACAUUACAAAAAAUGCAAGCAGCCCCCUCACGUGCAUGUUAAUCAGUGCUCUCAAGCAAGUGCAAGCACAGCCCACACCAGAAAAGAGGA